CAAAAAAUGGCUCGCAGUCGCUCGUCCACCCCAGACCGCCGGGACAUCGAUAUGGACCUCGACUCCCGUCCUACAGGCGAUACCAACAAACCCGACGCCAAAGUUGUCAUCGUCACCAACCUCACCCGCAACGUUGUCGAAUCACACCUGCGCAUCGUAUUCGGAUUCUAUGGCGAAAUCACAAAAGUCGACCUCCCUCUGUUUGGAAAAUCCGGCCAAAAUCGAGGAAAAGCAGCACUCGAAUUUGCAGACGCGUCGUCAGCCCACAAGGCAGCGUCGCACAUGGACGGCGGACAACUCGACGGAGCAGUUCUCAAGGUUGAACUUUCAGAUUUACCCAUCCGGUCCCGUUCACGUACACCCCCUCCCCGUCGUGGUCGCAACGGUCGGGGACGUUCCUACUCGAGGUCGCUAAGCCGUUCGCGCUCCCCAUCCCGGUCUCGUUCCCGUACAAGGUCCCGAUCACCACCCUACCGAAGAGGAGGAGGAUAUGGAAGAGAUAGAGACUGGGACAGGGACAACUACCGAGGUGCAAGAGGAGGAUACGGAGGUCGACGAGGAGGCGGUCAACUGGGAAGGGACCGCGACCUCUACCGUCCAAACGUGAACCGCUCGCGCUCCCGUUCCCCAAUCCGGCGCGGUGGAGGCUACGACAGUCGACCCUUCCCUCGUCGACGCUCUCCAAGCUAUACUCGGGGCGGCUAUGGACGAGGUCGGCGCUCAAGGUCUCGCUCGCGUUCACGCUCGUCCAGGAGGUCAUCGAGAAGCUAUUCUGUCCGCUCCAGUCGCUCUCGUACUCGGUCCUACUCUUCGCGCUCCCGUUCUCGGUCGAGGUCGUACUCUUCUUAUAGUCGCAGCCGUAGUCGUACCCGCUCUCGCU